GCUCGACAGCGGGCACCGCGUCAUCUGGCAAGGCAGUGGGCUCCGAGUCAACAGGCACGACAGUGCACUGGGCACCGGGGCAUCAGCGGGUACCGGAUUGUCUGGCUCGACAGCGGGCAUCGGGUCACCAGGCAUCAUGACAGCGGGCACUGGGUCACCAGGCAUCAGGUCAUUUGGCUCAAGGUCAGCGGGCACCGCGUCAUCUGGCAAGGCAGUGGGCACCGGGUCACCAGGCAUUGGAUCGUCUGGCUCGACAGCGGGCAUCGGGUCACCAGGCAUCAGGUCAUUUGGCUUGCCAGCGGGCACCGCGUCAUCUGGCAAGGCAGUGGGCACCGGGUCACCAGAUAUGACAGCGCGGCUCUGAGUCAAUUGGCACGACAGCGGGCACUGGAUCAGGUACCGGAUCAUCUGGAUCAACAGCGGGCAUCGAGUCAACUG